AAAGAUAAAAAGUCAUUUUAUUGUUAUUAUCACAACUGCUUCUUCUCAAUACUACUCACUCAACAGACCGCCGUGCAUUCUGCUGUUUGACUACAGCGCCCUUUUAUUCGCCCAUUAGUUCCAACUUCGAAUCUUGGAUUCAGCCCGCAAACCAGCUUUUUCCCUCAGGAUCGACCUUCGAGUCAUCGUUCUACCCAGUUUUCCAAUCUAAAGCAGCAUCCCUGACACGACACCAUGGGACGUAAAAAGAUUCAAAUCAAGACCAUCAUGGACGAGCGUAACCGCCAGGUUACGUUCCAAAAGCGACGCUUUGGAUUGAUGAAGAAGGCGAUGGAGCUCAGUGUGCUCUGCGACUGCCAGAUCGGUCUUAUCAUUUUCAACUCGAACAACAAGCUGGUCCAGUAUUCGUCCCACGACAUCGACUCGAUCCUCCUCCGAUACACCGAGGUACUGUGCCUAAAUAGAUGCUCCGCUUGGUUUGAAUGGACAUCCCACGGGUCAUCCAAGGGGCGCACAAGUGCACGUGGCCGCUGCUUCUUUUGUGUCGCCGAUCGUGGUCUCUCCUGCGACUGAAUAUAUGGCGCAUAUCGCGAGUUACUAAUCCGGUGUUUGAUCCCUUUUCCGGCCUUGUUUCCUAUUUUUCCAUCUAGUACAAUGAUUCAUGCGAGA